AAAGGAGGAGGGAUCACUUGUCAGGAUUGCCUUGAACUGUGAAAAGCAGCGUGUGGAGUUGAGAAGGGAUGGAGUGAGUGAGUCUUAGAGUUGAAUGAGAGACUGAGAGAGUGUUUGUUGAUGUGUUACAACAGACCUGCAUCCCACCACACACUUUCAGAGUGAAGACAACCGAGAGCAAGGCCACUGCUGGAAGGCGCCUACUUUUAUACUUCCGUUCUGGGGCCAACCUGAUCGUAUUCGAGUGUGAUUUGCAAAGGCAUACACUGAUGUGCGUGUAAGCUGAAGUGGAUGUUUCUCACGUUGACUUGUGCCAGACCCAAACAGCUGCGUCUUUGAGGAGACCUUGCCUUCAUAUUGUUUGUGUGUGUGACCCUUCAGCAUGGAACAACCAGCCAGCAGUUGCAUGCGGAGCCCGCAUGCGGGCGGUGCUCUUUGGGGCUGCGUCAGGAGCCCCCACACCGGCGGUCCUGGAGCCGGGCUACAGCCGUACCAACAGGCCCCUUUCUCCUUGCACCAGAAGCAUGAUUUUCUGGCCUACACAGACUUCUCCAGCUCCUGCCUGGUGCCGGCGCCCCACGCAUACCCACGCGAGGACAGACUGUAUCCCGAGACGCACGGCGGGUACCAGCGGGCAGAGUGGCAGUUUCCUCCCUGCGAACCACGAGGCAGAGGGCAGGAGCCGUGCCAGGGGGCGGCAGAAGCAGUUGCUGUUGGUGUAGGGGCUGAAAUGGACAGUGCAGGUGGAGAUAGACUGCCUGGAGCAGUCACAGCGUGUCUAGAGGGAGAAUACUCACCUCAAAGGGUGGCAGCGGUCGACAUGGAGAAGAAAAGCUCCAAACGGAAAAGAGAAAUAACAGAGAUUCAGGAUUCAAGCUUUAAGCCCGAUUCAAACUGCAAGGCGAGAAAAGAACGGACGGCUUUCACCAAAGAGCAGCUCCGGGAGCUAGAAGCCGAAUUCACCCACCACAACUACUUGACCCGCCUGCGCCGCUACGAGAUCGCUGUCAACCUUGACCUCACCGAAAGACAGGUGAAAGUGUGGUUUCAAAACAGAAGAAUGAAGUGGAAGCGAGUAAAAGGGGGACAGCCUGCAUCUCCUCACGACUUGGAAGCAGAUGAGAUGGACUCUGCCGCUUCGCCCAGUUCUGAGUAAAAAAUCAGAUAUUUACAAUCACGGCUUCCCGAUCACCUCGAUGUCCAAUUUUUCACUAGUUCCUUCACAUAUCCCCUUACACCCCUUCAUGGACAAAAGUUUUCCUGCUUCCUGUUGCUCUCUUUGUUCACUUGACUAAUUAUCAACAGAGCUUCAAUGGUUUGGAAGCACCGUCCAGUUUCAGCCCACACGUUUGACUUUCAUUCACGGAAGGAUCGAGUGAAAUCAGAGACCUGUAAAAAUCCAAUUAUACGUGUGUUAAAACAAUUUAUAUUAACUGUUCGAGACCCGGUUUAAUAGCUUUGACCUCCAGGCAUGACGGCAUGAUGAAGGUUUGUUGUUGGACCUCUUUCACACAGCAGUGGUGGCGGGUGCCUGAUCAGAACCACCUGUGAAGCUCCACACACAGACUGGAUCUCAGGAUCGUGCCAAAGCCUCAAUAUCACGUAUUUGUUUUUACCCAGAAUUGUGUUGUCCGAUUGCUCGGUUUGUCUGGUUGAAUAAUAUUUUUCUUUUUUGUACCUCUCUUUGUUUUUUUACGUGAAAUGGAUAAAACAGAUGUUGCAUAUAAAAUAAAUAAAUAAUUUGAAACCUAGAACAACUGUGAUUUUUCUUUCUCA